AUGGAACUCCAAACUGAUUUCGACUGCCAUAAGAAGCCGGUUACGACCAUGGAUUUCCAUUCUAAGGUCGAUAGUUCGCGCCCUUUUCGCUCGGUAAAAGAGGCCGUCGCCAUAUUCGGCGAGAAAUUCCUGGCCGGAGAAAUCUAUUCACCAAAACCUUUCACGUUUCCAAGGCAAGAAACCCCAUAUUUUUCACCAACCGCACAAAAUCUCCAAGAACCUUCAUGGAUAUCCCCCCCUAGUCCGCAAGAUUCCAUUUACAGCAAUGAAAGUUCCCUUGUCGAAACUGUAAAAAAGCUCGAAUCCGAGCUUGAAGAAACAAAAACAGAACUGAAUUUACUCAAAGAAAGAGAGUCCGAAACUGAGGUGGCAUUGGCUUCAUUGAAUGCCGAGCUGCACAAGAACAUGUCAAAACUAGCAAAGGCCGAGGCGGCUAUGGCCGCCAAGGCGGCAACAGCAGCAGUGGCUUCAUCAAGACCAGUUGAAACUUCACAAAGUUUAGCUCAAAUUCUGAGUAUUGCUGAGGAAAAGGAAAAUUUAUUUACAGGGAGGAAGAGGGAAGGAAAAGUUAUGAAAAAGAAAGUUAAACCCAUAAUUCCUCUUGUGGGAGAUUUGUUUUCAAGGAAAAAGGGUUCAUCUACAAGUAUGAAUAAUCCUCCUUUUGCAUCUUCUCAUGUGCAGUUCUGGAAUUGA